AUGCAAUAUUUACACCUUUUAUUGGUGGCAAUAGCUUGUAAGGAAAUCUAAAAUAAGAAUUAAUAAUUCUUAACAGAUGAUGGAUAUGAAGAUGAUGAUGAUGACAAUACAGUAUCAAUUUUCUUUCUCUUUGUUUUUGGGUUUUUUCUGAUAAUUUUCUCAGCAGCUUUAUUAUGGUACAAUGAAAGAAGGGAAGCAAUAACCGAAUAUCGAUUAGUCAAUAUGAGAGAUAUAUGUAAACUUGGAGAUUGUAAUGAAAUCAAUCAUUAAUUGAAUGGAGAACUAGUUCAUAUGCAAGGACAAACAACUACAGAUGUAAUCAUUGAAGAUACUGAAUUUGGAAUAACUUUAUCCUCUUGCAUUAAAUUAAAACGGCAUGUUGAAUAGCUUCAAUUUGUCAGAAUUGAGCAUAAGCAUAAAAAAAGUGCUACAACAUAUACAUAUGAAUUAAAAUGGAAGCCUGAUAUGGUGUGCAGCGCUGGAUAUCCCUCUGAAUAUUAAAAUAAACCGUAGUUGUGGAUAGUCAAAUCUUAGGAUUAACUAAAUCCAGAUGUACGUUUAGGAGCAUUCACCUUAUCUUAAUCAUUAAAGUAAGGGUGUUAGAACUUUUAAUUUUUGGUUCCUGAUGAUGCUUAAUUAUAAGCUGCAGCAAAAUUAUGUGGAAAAGAAUUUCCUCAUAUAACAAUUAAUGAGCGUGAUCUUUAUUUAUAACAACAUCCUUAUCAAAAAACUGUCGGAGACUUAAGAGUUUGCUUUGAAUAUGUCUUAUGUGGUAACGCAACAGUUGUUUCAAAAUAAAUGAAUAAUACUUUUAUUCCAUUUGUAAUAUAAGAUAAAUGGCUAUCUGAAAAGAGUGUCCAUCCAGACGAAAUGGAUGAAGAUGAGGGAUGCUGUGGAGAUUGUUGUUAAAAGGUGGCUGAAUUAGCAAAGGCAGCUGAAGAACCUUUAAAAUAAAUUGAUUGGAUAAGAGAAAAAUAAUGGUCUAUGAAGAAGGUUUUCCUAAUGGAACUUAGUAAAAAUGCUGCUUUAACAUAUAAAACAAGAUUCUUAGGCUAUGUAUUGAUGGUAACGGGACUACUAUUCAUGUUUUACCCAGUGAUUUGGUUAUUUUCACUAUUGCCCUGGAUUGGUCAGUUCACAGCCGCAUUAUUGUUUUUUAUUUUCCUGGGAGUGAGCAUGGUGAUAUCCUUACCAAUUUGUUUACUUAUUGCCCUGGUUGCUUGGAUGAGAUACCACAUUAUCUACACGAUAAUCAACUUCUUUGGACUAAUACUAGUAUUAUACAUAGUGUCCAUGUUUGCUGGUGGCAUUUAUUAUUGA